ACGGGAAGAAGGAGAAGACGCUCUGCUAACUUUUAAUGACAGCCGUGCAGUGUCAUAUGUAGCUGGAGUGUCCAAUUUUCCAGAGUCAGCUCCAGUAGUUUGAAUUGUGCCUGCGUUUUUUGCUUAGUCGACUUGUUCACUGCUGCAAGAAACGAGGAGAUGGGCCGAAAAGUGACUGUUGCAACCUGCUCGUUGAAUCAGUGGGCCCUGGACUUUGAAGGCAACUCGGAGAGGAUACUGAGGAGUAUUGAGAUAGCUAAGGCUCGUGGAGCCAAAUACAGACUGGGUCCAGAGCUGGAGAUAUGUGGGUACGGCUGCGCAGACCACUUCUAUGAGUCGGACACGCUGCUCCACAGCUUUCAGGUGCUUGGGAAUCUUCUGGAAUCUCCCGUCACCCAGGACAUUAUCUGUGACGUUGGAAUGCCCAUCAUGCAUCACAAUGUGCGCUACAACUGCCGGGUCCUGUUCCUCAACAGAAAGAUACUUCUGAUCAGGCCUAAGAUGAUGAUGGCCAACCAUGGGAACUACAGAGAGAUGCGCUGGUUCUCACCUUGGAACCAGCUGAGGCAGGUGGAGGAAUACUUCCUGCCCAGAAUGAUCCAGGAGAUAACAGGCCAGGACACAGUCCCGAUUGGUGACUGUGUCCUGUCUACAAAGGACACCUGCAUUGGCACAGAGAUCUGUGCGGAGCUCUGGAGCCCCAACAGUCCCCAUAUCCGUAUGGGUCUAGAUGGAGUUGAAAUCUUUACUAAUUCGUCCGCUAGCCAUCACGAGCUCCGCAAAGCUGACCAAAGAGUGAACCUGGUCAAGUCUGCCACCACCAAGAGUGGAGGUAUCUACUUGUAUGCUAACCAGAGGGGCUGUGAUGGAGACCGUGUCUACUAUGAUGGUUGUGCCAUGGUGGCUAUCAACGGAGACAUUGUGGCACAGGGAGCACAAUUCUCCCUUAAUGAUGUGGAGGUGAUCACAGCCACUCUGGAUCUUGAGGAUGUGCGUAGCUACAGAGGAGAGCUAUGUCAGCCACACAUGGAAAGUGAACCCAAACCUUGCCACAGGAUCAAGGUUAAUUUUUCCUUAUCCAGUGGUGAUGAUAUUGACCUCCCUACCCAUCAGCCAAUAAAAUGGCACUGUCACACACCAGAAGAAGAGAUCAGUCUAGGGCCGGCCUGCUGGCUCUGGGACUACCUGAGGAGAAGUGGACAGGGUGGGUUCCUGUUGCCGCUGAGUGGCGGCGUUGACAGCUCCUCCACGGCCUGUAUUGUCCACUGUAUGUGUGUGCUGCUCUGCCAGAGUAUAGAGGAUGGCAACACACGGGUGCUAGAGGACGUCCGCAGGGUGGUUGGAGAUGAAUCUUACCGUCCACUUCAACCAAGUGAGCUGUGUGGUCGCAUCUUCACCACCUGCUAUAUGGCCAGUGAAAACUCCUCAGAGGACACAUGCAACAGGGCCAGAGACCUAGCCAAACAGAUUGGCAGCACACACAUGAAUAUUAACAUAGACAUGGCAGUGAAAGGUAUUCUGGGUAUAUUCUCAGUGGUUACUGGUCGAUGGCCUCAGUUUCGUGCCAGUGGAGGAUGCCACAGAGAAAACCUGGCUUUGCAGAAUGUGCAGGCCCGAGUUAGGAUGGUCCUGGCCUACUUGUUUGCACAACUGAGUCUCUGGGCCCGGGGUAAGCCUGGUGGGUUGUUGGUGCUGGGCUCUGCCAACGUGGAUGAGAGUCUGACAGGGUAUUUCACCAAAUACGACUGCUCAAGUGCUGAUAUUAACCCAAUAGGAGGCAUCAGCAAGACAGACCUGAAGAGCUUCCUGCUCUACUGCACUGAACAUUUCCAGCUUACUGCUCUGAGAGGAAUCCUGGCCGCUCCACCCACAGCUGAGCUCGAGCCGCUGACAGACGGACAGGUUUCACAGACGGAUGAGGCAGACAUGGGGAUGACCUACUCCGAGUUAUCGGUGAUCGGACGGCUGAGGAAGAUCUCCAGGUGUGGCCCCUUCAGUAUGUUCUGUAAACUCAUUCACAUGUGGAAAGGUGCUCUCUCACCCAUGGAGGCUGCCCAGAAGGUGAAACACUUCUUCAGGAUGUACUCUGUGAACCGCCACAAGAUGACGACAGUGACGCCGUCCUACCACGCUGAGAGUUACAGUCCUGAUGACAACCGCUUUGACCUCAGGCCUUUCCUCUAUAACACGCGCUGGACCUGGCAGUUUAGGUGCAUCGACAACCAGGUUUCCCAGAUGGCAGCCGACAGCCCUAAGCAAUAGGAAAGAUCUUCAGCGUGCAGUGAAAAGCCAUCAUAACUACAACAGAAGAUUAUUCGGUGAUUUUGCCUGAGCUAAAAGCUUUGUACUGUGCAGGGCUUGAUUUUCAUUUGUUCUACCUCAGUGAAGUUAGAAAGAAUACUUAAAGUUCCUGUAAAUGGGGACCACCAUUUCCAAACAUGGCUACAGUAAGAAGCACACAAUCAUUGUGAGUCAGUCCUCAUGUGAAAUGCAGUAUUGCAGUGGUGUUGUGAACAAACAGAAGCACUUAUUUCAAUAAUCUCUUUUAACUCUAACUUUGACACCGAUGUCAGUUUGACCAAAGACACAGCUGGAGUUGAUGAUUCUGCAUAGUGAACAAUUUACAUGUUAGAUAUGACAGUAAAAACAACAAGUCAUAUGUUUAAUAUGAAUUUAUGAUGUGAUCUUGGCCAAUUAAAUAUAUCUCAUCACUAUUCCAAAAGAUCACACAGGAUAAAUGACAGUGAUUAAUCAAAAGUGAAAGUUAAACAAAUGAAUAGAACUGAUCUCUAGAAGUUAAACUGAAAAGGUGACUGUGAAGAGAGAUUAUGUUUACUUUGACUACAGUUAUGGUCCACGUUAAACCAGGCUGCCUAAGACUCUAAAAUGAAACAUUGGGACUAAGAUUAAUAUUCUGACAUAACCAAUUUACAGUUGAGCAGGAGUGCAGUGGUUUGAGGCUAUUUUGUGAUGUUCCUCGGAACUCUGGGACUUCUCAUUGCAACUUCUGACUAAAUGCUCAGUGACUAAAGUCACCACUACCUACCAGGCUGUUGGGUGGUAAAUGUGGAGACUCAGAGAGAUGAGGCAUUUGGCUAGAUUAGGAAAAACUAAGAAACUUAUCAAUUCUUCCAAAUAAAAUUAAAGUAGAAUAAGAAUUAUUGAUCACUGAACUCUUGAUGUUGCGUUAACUUGACUUAUUGCAAAAGUAGAGGCUACAUUUCAAACCAAAUCCAUAUGACACAAAGGCACUUCUAUAAAAAAAUAAAAAUAAAAAAUAUGUAUGCAUUACUCAAACUAGAUAUCCUGUAUGCUAGGAAUGACAUGAGAACACUGUAAAACAUCUGUUGGCUGAUAUUAAUUUGCUAGUUUUAAGUGUCUAGAAUCUAUUUGCUCCUUGUUACUUAUCUCUGUGUACUAGUGUUAAUGGAGCUCAGUAAGUCAUUGGGCUUCCUAUGCUGCACCAGUGUUUAGUGAAUCUAAUUAUAAAUCUGCUUAACAUGUUCUCUUUGGAGUGAUUUACCUCUGAAAGCUCUUGUUACCUCUGGGUUCAGAUAAUGAGAAACUGUCUCCUCCAAACUAAAUCAACUUACACAGACA